CGGCAGGAUACUUCCGACCUGGACCAGCUGUGUUGUACAUCUAUGUAUUCCGUCUUCUUAGUUUAUAGUUAUUAAUCACUGAACGCUAACCUUACCAUUGCCUCAGUGUUGAUUUCCUUCGCUUUUUCGUGGGCUUUCUUUUCAGUCCGUUAUAUAUUUUCACAGAGCCUGUUUGUGUUUUGCUCAGGCUGGGCAUUGACGGCUGGGUAGCUUUGUCGCUAAAGCGUUAACGUAAAAGUAAAAUCAGUUAGUGUCUGCCGUUAGCCGCUGAUCUCGCCGAGUCAAACUAGAUUAUGUUUUUGCACAUAACGCCGUAUCCGUUUAUCUGAGUAAGUAGUGGAACCUGUCUUUCGUGUUGUUUGAUUGGGCUAGGUCUUGGCGGCUGGCUAGCUGUAGCUUGCUCGCAAACGUAAAGCGCUAACGUAAAAUUAGCUGUCCGCCGUUAGCCUCUCAUCUCUCUCCGAGUUCGCAGCGAUCAAACUAGCCUAUGUUUUUGCUGACAACGCCGUAUCCGUUUAGGGGAUUGGUCAGGGGAAUCGAUUCUAUCAUUAGUGUUGUUUGAUGGGGCUGGUUUUUAAUAUAGCUAUCUCAUUAGACCGUGAACCACGCCGUUAGCCGUCUAUCGCUUAGCUACUCUGACUAGCCUCAAGUUUGGUUGGAUCAGGUACGGCCAGCUGACACCACCUACAGCAGAACAUGAUGGAUUUCGAGAAUAUCUUGUCCAUCGCCUCCCAAAACCAAGGUCUCAGCAGUGUACAGAACAAAAGGUACAGCUUACAAACUGGACCGGCUAAAAAGGACCCAAAGGCGAAACGUGUGGACUCCUCCGCUGUGCAGGCAUUUUUAAAGAAGCAAGCGUUGGAAAGCAAAAAGAAAGAACUUCAAAUGAGGAAACGGAAAGAUGAACUUCUAGCCAAGAGGGUUGAGUUGAAGUCUGAUCGUAAGGCACGUGCAAUGGCUUCUAGAACUAAGGACAAUUUCAAAGGCUAUAAUGGGGUCCCAAUGGAAGAACCUAAGAAGAAAAAGAGGUCAAUAGAAGACACGGUAGAAGGAAGUUGUAUAAGGAACCCGUAUGACCAGGCAGAUGACGAGGACAACUAUGAAUAUGAACAGACAGAUUCAGAGCCUGAACCAGAACUACAAAGGUCAGGCAAGGUGGCAAGUAGUAGUAGCAGCAAGCCCUCAUCCAAGAAACCCGAUGGACAACCCAAACCUGCCCCACCACCCAUGAACUUUGCAGACCUGCUCAAAUUGGCAGAGAAGAAGCAAUUUGAGCCAGUUGAGUUAAAAGCCAAACCAGUGAAGAACGAUGAAAGACCUCGCACAGCUGAUGAGAUUAGGGAGCUGGAGCUGGAGAGAAGGGUUAAGAGAUUGGAUAAAGGGAGAGACUCAAGGCCAGAGAGAGGCCAAGACACCAAACCCCAGUCUAGCUCUAGCUCCGUGAAGAAAAACAUCUUCGAGAAGGAGCAGAGAAAUGGAAGGCAACAAAAGAUUUCCCCAGAAAAGCCCACUACAUCUAGUGGGUCAGGGAAGAAGCAGAAGCUAGUGUCUUCAAAUGACAGGAGCCAGGGUUCAUCCAAGCCUUCUCUCAGUAGUAGAGAUAGAGACAGAGAUAGACAAAAGACUUCACAUAGUGAUAGAGACAGACCCAAGACUAGCCUGUCUAGUUCUGCAGGUGCCUUAAAGAGCAAACUCCUUAAUAAGGGAGCAACCUCUCAGGUCCCAGAAAAACAACUAGCGCCCAGGCUUUCAUCUGGCCAAAAAUCUAGCUCCACAAGUGACUUUAACUCCAAAAGGGUCAACUCAUUAUCUCAAGGAAAUUCUGGAGCUAUUUCUUUGACAAAGCCUCCUAGCAUGUCUCUGAUGGGCCAAAAAUCUCAGCAGGGUAGCUCAGGACACCCCAGACCCAGUCAGGGCAUCUUAUCAAAGGUAGGAUCCACAGGUGGAGGCCACAAACCUGGAAAGGGUGAAUCACUAAGGCCUGGAAGUAACUCCAUGGUGAAGUCAAAUAAUGGUGGACCUAUGAGAUCUUCAUCAAAACCAGUGAGCCAAACUCAGAUGAGGCCUAGUGCUGUCCCACAGGCCCGGUCUGUUGGCAGCAGUUUGCAAGGUCGGUCUGGUGGAGGAGGCAUCAGGCCCCACGGGAGUGGAACAAGUAGACCCAGUAAUAGUGGGAUACCUCCUCGUCAGCCAGCUGGCAAUGUUGUCUCUGGACAUGGGAGACCCAAAUGCACUGUGGUGUCUGAGACCAUUUCAUCAAAGAACUUGGGUAGACCCAGACCAGGGGUUCCUCCUCAGCCAGGGAUGCCACAGAGACCUGGAAUAGCUUCUAGACAAGGAAUUCCACCCAGACCCAUGAUGAGACCACCAGUUACAAAUCUGCCACCAAUUACUUCUGCAUACAAGAGGAAAUAUGAGGAUGAAGAGGAUUAUGACUCAGAGAUGGAUGAUUUCAUCGAUGAUGAAGGAGAUGAGCAAUCAGAAAUUUCCAAACAUAUCAGGGAAAUCUUUGGCUAUGAUCGGUCCAAAUAUAAGGAGGAAAGUGACUAUGCAUUAAAAUUCAUGGAGAGCAGCUGGAGAGACCAACAGAAAGAAGAGGCGAGAAGCCUUAGAAUGGCGGUGCAAGAAGACCUGGAGGAAGAGAAGAAGGAGAAAGAGGAGAUUCAACUGAAAAGUGAAAAGAAGAAAAAACUGAAAUGAACCUCCUGGAGCUUUCAAAUGAACAGAAACCUUCCUGGAUUUCCAUCAAAGAUGGAGAAACUGUGGAGUGGGGGCACCUUAAUGCAUGCUGUCCAUUCACUGUGUCUGCGUCAGUGCAUCUUUUGUCUUCCUCCGCUUCUCAGUUUGUGCUUGCGCUACGAUGAGGAGGGGCAACACAUGAGAUUGGAGGAAAAAGAGCUGAAUAAAGGAAGAGAAAAACAUCAGUUAAAAGCAGAACGGAACAACUCAAAUUCAAAAACUCCUUUCAUUCAUUUUCCUACAGAUAACUGUUGGACACAACUAUAACCAUGAACACUUUUGCCUUGUUGCAUUAUUUAUUUCUCCUCCAUCAGGUGCAAGUUUUGCACUAAGAAAAGCUUCUUCUUUUUUCAAGCCAACCGGAUCUGCAAGGGCAAACAUAGUCAUGACGCAUAUUGUGGAAUUUAUUUUUAGACUGUAACAAGAUUGUGACACGUCAAUGUGCCAUUUCAACAGAAACUAUAUAUUUUUCAAAUGCUAAACUUUUUUCCAUUAACGUUUAUUGACUGUAAUUAGGUAAACAUAACCAGUUAAUGUGUCCCCCCCCCUCUAAAAAGUCUGACAAGCAAUUGACUUGGUCAUUUUUAUUUGUUCGAUUUUUGCUUAACGAGGUCUACUUGUCAUCUGCCGUUUGUUUGCUCGAAGGUUGACAAUCAUAAAUACAACUAAGAUGUAUGGAAGGUCUUGUAUAUUGUACAACAAAUAACACUUGUAGAAAAAGUUUAUCUUUGAUAGCAUUUACAGAAAAGAAAAAAAACUUGU